UCAAUUCAUGGUUUUAUAUUCGUUGAUAAAAGACGUCCAUGCUUAUCGAUAAUACACUGUACCAACUUUCUCUGAAAUAUGAAGACACCAAAGACGUCCUCAUCAUAACCUCCAGUGAUCAUAAUUCAUCCAGUCUUAAUCUACACUUAAUACCAAACGAGAAUAAUCUAUUUCAUUAAAUCAAGCUGAACAAAGGAAACAAAUAAGUUCUUAAAAUUGCAACUGCCUUUAAGACUUAAAUAAUUCAGUAAUUAAUAUACUUUCGAAAAUAAAGCAAAAUAUUGUGAGAAUCGGUAGAAAUUGAAGUUAUAGAAAAUGUCUAAAUUUACCAAUUAUCUUAAGCGUUACCUUUCAUGUCGAUGGAGAUUAAGCUAUUCGUGCGCAAUUGCUUUUAUUUUGAUGCAAACAUUAAGAGUUGAUCUAAGCAUGGCUUUUGUCUGCAUGUUAAAAGCACGCAAUCAUACAAAUGAGGGUGUUAACUUUACAGCUGAUAACCAGCAUUGUUCUGAUUUUGGUAAUGAUUCAAUUAAUGGAAAUUUUGAUGGAGAAUUCGAAUGGAGCGACACGUUACAAGCAAACAUGUUGGCUGGGUAUUUCUAUGGAUAUAUAGGAGCUAAUAUUUUAGGUGGUGUAUUGGCAGAUAGAUAUGGUGGGAAAAGAGUUCUCGGAACUUCACUUCUCUUAGCAUCCAUUUUGACCAUUCUUCACCCAAGUUUAUCGCGAAUUAGUGGUUACUUUACGCUUGUUCUAAGGAUAUUAACAGGUAUGGCAUCAGGACCGAUAUUCCCAUCAGUUCAGUCCUUGUUUGGACGUUGGGCCCCUCCAAAGGAACUUAGUUCAUUGAUUGGGUUUGCAUUUGGUGGCCAACAUUUAGGUACUGUUGUAUGUCUUUCAAUAUCUGGUCUUCUUUGUGUUUAUGGCUUUGAUAACAGAUGGGGUUCUAUAUUCUAUAUAUUUGGUGGGAUAUCGUUAGUGUUUAGUUGUUUGUGGUUUUAUGUUGUUUAUGAUAAUCCAGACGUCCAUCCCACUAUCAGCAAAGAAGAACGUUCUUAUCUAAACAGAACUAUAAAAAGUGAGAAAGUAGUUAAAAAUGUACCAUGGAGACAACUGCUUUCUUCACCUGCAGUUUGGGCCAUUAACUUUGGCUGGUUCGCUCAUAGUUGGACAGAUUUGUCCUUCCAGGUGUUGCUACCUAUAUAUGUGAAGGGUGCCUUAAACGUUGAUGCAACCUCAAACGGUUUAAUGUCAUCAGCCCCAGCGGUUGCACAAACGAUUGCUCUACCGUUGUGUGGAAAAUUUGCUGAUAUUUUACGUUUAAAGAAAUACCUGUCAACUCGUUCUGUUCGA